AUGUGGCAAUACUUGAACCUUAUUCGAAUUUAUACCAAACCAAAAGGACAAUUACCGGAUUAUUCCGCACCGAUUGUUUUGAACGCGGAAAAGAACACGGUUGAUGACUUGUGCUUGAAAAUUCACAAAUCGUUGCAGAAGGACUUCAAGAAUGCAUUGGUGUGGGGUGCAUCGGCAAAACACAAUCCACAACGGGUCGGUAGGGAACAUGUGUUGGUCGAUGAGGAUGUUGUUCAAAUUCUUAAGAGGGUUUGA